UCUGAGGCUUCUUCAGGGUUAUUAGGAGCUUGAUACCAGCUGCCCCGAAAAGGCUGGGUAAGUGAGGAUUUACACUACGGAGUAGCAAGCAAGCCUCUGCUUCCCAGGCCCUGCGGCCGGGUGUGCAACAGACAAAAGAACAGCUCUGCGCUUGCCCUUCCCGAACUUGAAAACCAGUUCGCAAGGCCGGACUUACACAAAUUAAAUCAAAUAACAGGAUUAUGCGGAAAGGAACCCCUGCGUAUAACAGUUGCCAGCGUGUUAUGCCACUCAAAACUGAAACACGAUUUUAAGGAGUUUUAAACGAAUGGCUGGAGACCCAUCUAAGAAGGCAGAUCUAAGAUGGAAGAAAAGGCGGACUCGGGUUGAAAUGGCAAAUUGAGGACUGAAGAAAGCAUUUGGAUAAAACAGCCUUCAGGCUGGGAAGGCAAAAAGCAAAACGAGUAGAGCCACCAAAGCCCCAGAAAGGCCAACAGAUCGUGCAGUGGGUCGGUUUAACUGAAAGGCGGUUUCCUUUUCCUCCAUUUGCUCAGUCCCAAUUGGAAGCGCACUGCACGGCCUACGCCGCGCUCUCGGGCGGGGUGCAGCGUGGGGGCGGGGAGAUAAGUACGGUAAUGGGCGGGGCCGAGCGCGGGCGCGCUCCGGCUUUCCCCCGGCGCAGCGCUCCCGUCAGCGCAAGGGGCGGGGCGGCUAUAUUACGUGCGCGGCACCGCCCCUGCGAGAGGACGUUGCGUGCUCGCUCGCGCCAGGCGAGUCUCCGCGUCUCCGUCGCGAACUCGGUGAAAGGAAUUGGCGCCGUUCGACAUCAGGCGGAUCCGCUCUGCAGCACGAACCCAUCUCCAGCCGCAGCCUAAGCCGCAGCCGCCGCCCGGGCCGAGGAGCAGCCGCAGCAGCCGCCACCAGUGGCCGAGUGAGCGGAGCCGAGUUUGAGGCAGCGCCUAGCGGUGAAUCGGGGCCCUCACCAUGAGUUCCUCGCCUGUUAAUGUAAAAAAGCUGAAGGUGUCGGAGCUGAAAGAGGAGCUCAAGAAGCGACGCCUUUCUGACAAGGGCCUCAAGGCCGAGCUCAUGGAGCGACUCCAGGCCGCGCUGGACGACGAGGAGGCCGGGGGCCGCCCCGCCAUGGAGCCUGGGAACGGCAGCCUCGACCUGGGCGGGGAUUCCGCCGGGCGCUCGGGAGCAGGCCUCGAGCAGGAGGCCGCGGCCGGCGGCGACGAAGAGGAGGAGGAGGAGGAGGAGGAGGAGGAGGGGAUCUCCGCCCUGGACGGAGACCAGAUGGAGCUAGGGGAGGAGAACGGGGCCGCGGGGGCGGCCGACGCGGGCCCGAUGGAGGAGGAGGAGGCCGCCUCGGAAGACGAGAACGGCGACGAUCAGGGUUUCCAGGAAGGGGAAGAUGAGCUCGGGGACGAAGAGGAAGGCGCGGGCGACGAGAACGGGCACGGGGAGCAGCAGCCUCAACCGCCGGCGACGCAGCAGCAACAGCCCCAACAGCAGCGCGGGGCCGCCAAGGAGGCCGCGGGGAAGAGCAGCGGCCCCACCUCGCUGUUCGCGGUGACGGUGGCGCCGCCCGGGGCGAGGCAGGGCCAGCAGCAGGCGGGAGGUAAGAAGAAGGCGGAAGGCGGCGGAGGCGGCGGUCGCCCCGGGGCUCCGGCGGCGGGGGAUGGCAAAACAGAACAGAAAGGCGGAGAUAAAAAGAGAGGUGUUAAGAGACCACGAGAAGAUCACGGCCGCGGAUAUUUUGAGUACAUUGAAGAGAACAAGUAUAGCAGAGCCAAAUCUCCUCAGCCACCUGUUGAAGAAGAAGAUGAACACUUCGAUGACACAGUGGUUUGUCUUGAUACUUAUAAUUGUGAUCUACAUUUUAAAAUAUCACGAGAUCGUCUCAGUGCCUCUUCCCUUACAAUGGAGAGUUUCGCCUUUCUUUGGGCUGGAGGAAGAGCAUCUUAUGGUGUGUCAAAAGGCAAAGUGUGUUUUGAGAUGAAGGUUACAGAGAAGAUUCCAGUAAGGCAUUUAUAUACAAAAGAUAUUGACAUACAUGAAGUUCGUAUUGGCUGGUCACUAACUACAAGUGGAAUGUUACUUGGUGAAGAAGAAUUUUCUUACGGAUAUUCUCUAAAAGGAAUAAAAACAUGCAACUGUGAGACUGAAGAUUAUGGAGAAAAGUUUGAUGAAAAUGAUGUGAUUACAUGUUUUGCUAACUUUGAAAGUGACGAUGUAGAACUCUCCUAUGCUAAGAAUGGACAGGAUCUUGGCAUUGCCUUCAAAAUCAGUAAGGAAGUUCUUGCUGGACGGCCACUCUUUCCGCAUGUUCUUUGCCACAACUGUGCAGUUGAAUUUAAUUUUGGUCAGAAGGAAAAGCCAUAUUUUCCAAUACCGGAAGAGUAUACUUUUAUCCAGAAUGUCCCCUUAGAGGAUCGAGUUAGAGGACCAAAGGGGCCUGAAGAGAAGAAAGAUUGUGAAGUUGUGAUGAUGAUUGGCUUGCCAGGAGCUGGAAAAACUACCUGGGUUACCAAGCAUGCAGCAGAAAAUCCAGGGAAAUACAACAUUCUUGGAACAAAUACUAUUAUGGAUAAAAUGAUGGUGGCAGGUUUUAAGAAGCAAAUGGCAGAUACUGGAAAACUGAACACACUGUUGCAGAGAGCCCCACAGUGUCUUGGGAAAUUUAUUGAGAUUGCUGCCCGUAAGAAGCGAAAUUUUAUUCUGGAUCAGACAAAUGUGUCUGCUGCUGCCCAGAGGAGAAAAAUGUGCCUGUUUGCAGGCUUCCAGCGAAAAGCUGUUGUAGUUUGCCCAAAAGAUGAAGACUAUAAGCAGAGAACACAGAAGAAAGCAGAAGUAGAGGGGAAAGACCUACCAGAACAUGCAGUCCUCAAAAUGAAAGGAAACUUUACCCUCCCAGAGGUAGCCGAAUGCUUUGAUGAAAUAACCUAUGUUGAACUUCAGAAAGAAGAAGCCCAAAAGCUUUUGGAGCAAUAUAAGGAAGAAAGCAAAAAGGCUCUUCCACCAGAAAAGAAACAGAACACUGGCUCAAAGAAGAGCAAUAAAAAUAAGAGUGGCAAGAACCAGUUUAACAGGGGUGGUGGCCAUAGAGGACGUGGAGGAUUCAAUAUGCGUGGCGGAAAUUUCAGAGGAGGAGCCCCUGGGAAUCGUGGUGGAUAUAAUAGGAGGGGCAACAUGCCACAGAGAGGUGGUGGUGGCGGUGGAAGCGGUGGAAUCGGCUAUCCAUACCCUCGUGCUCCUGUGUUUCCUGGCCGUGGUAGUUAUUCAAACAGAGGGAACUACAACAGAGGUGGAAUGCCCAACAGAGGGAACUACAACCAGAACUUCAGAGGACGAGGAAACAAUCGUGGCUACAAAAAUCAAUCUCAGGGCUACAACCAGUGGCAGCAGGGUCAAUUCUGGGGUCAGAAGCCAUGGAGUCAGCAUUAUCACCAAGGAUAUUAUUGAAUACCCAAAUAAAACGAACUGAUACAUAUUUCUCCAAAACCUUCACAAGAAGUCGACUGUUUUCUUUAGUAGGCUAACUUUUUAAACAUUCCACAAGAGGAAGUGCCUGCGGGUUCCUUUUUUAGAAGCUUUGUGGGUUGAUUUUUUUUCUUUUCUUUUUUGUACAUUUUUAAUUGCAGUUUAAAAGUGAAUCGUAAGAGAACCUCAGCAUUGUGCACGAUAAGAGAAUGUGUCAGUAUUUCAGGGUUCUACAUUUUAUCUGUAAAAUGUGACUUUUUUUUUUUUUUUUUAAUCACAACAGAAGUAAAAUGUUGCUUUGUACCUGGUGUCUUUUAUUAAGAAUUUACUCCCCUCAUUUCUCACAGAGAGUAACAGUCGGGAGUCAUUGUCACAAUAUAAUAGAAAUGUUAGCAACCAGAUUCAUGUAAGGACUAAGAAGUCCUCAUGAAUGGCAUAAGACUCUGUACUGCUCAUAUUACACUCCAUCCUCUCUGUAGUUUGCUGGGUAGUGGAGGGGGUAAGCGAAGUAGUUUCUGACAAUAACUGGGAAGACUUUUAAAAAAUAACGAUGGAAUUGGUGUAAUUGCGAUUGCAAAUUAAAACUUGGAAUGAAGAGAAGAUGGAGUGUAUGUAGAAGGGCUGUUAAAAAUGUAAAACUCGGUUGCAUUAUUUGUGGAGGCUCAAACUUGUGAAGGUUAAAUACCAUAAUUUUUCCAUUUGUUCUGCAUUUUGAUUCUGAAAAGAAAGCUGGCUUUGCCCAUUUCUUAUUAAAAAAACUUGUUGUAAAUCCAGUUGUCUAAUGGGAUCUAUAUGAAGUUAGCCAUGUCUGUAUGCCCUUCUCCCACAAAAUACUGUAUAACUAGUGUGCUUGUAGUAGUUAACUCCACCAUCUUUGUAAGCUAAUGAAAUUGUGAGUCACCCAUUUAUAUCUUAAUUUUUAAUCAUGUCAGUUCUUGAAUGGGUAUCUCCUUAGCCUGCUGAUUUCUUUUUCUUUCUAAAGAAAGUGGGUGGAGAAAUUAAUUUAGACGUUUGUUUGCAAUAAAAAGAAUUCAUUUUA